GGCGGCCCAACGAAACGAGGCCUCAGCCCUCAGGCUAGGUUUUUUGCGCUUUUCCGCACAAGCACAAGCGCAGGCGGGCCGCCGGCGGAGUGGUCCGUCCCUUCUCCUUCCGAGCGAACCCGAGCAGGUGCCACUGGCAUAGCCGGGGUACAGUACAGGAUGCGGGGGGUGACAAGCGCGGCGAAGCGCGCCGGGGAGAUGGCGUUCAACGCCGGCGGCGGCGCCGUCAACUGGUUCCCGGGCCACAUGGCCGCAGCCUCCCGCGCCAUCCGCGACCGUCUCAAGCUCGCCGACCUCGUCAUCGAGGUCCGCGACGCCCGCAUUCCAUUAUCCUCAGCAAAUGAAGACCUUCAACCAGUGCUCUCAGCAAAGAGGCGAAUUCUUGCUCUAAACAAGAAGGAUCUAGCAAACCCCAAUAUAAUGAAUAGGUGGCUUAAUCAUUUUGAAUCAUGUAAGCAGGAUUGUAUUUCAGUAAACGCACAUAGCUCCAAUUCUGUUAAUCAGCUUCUUGGUUUUGCUGAGCUGAAACUAAAGGAAGCAAUCUCAAAGGAACCCACCCUUCUGAUUAUGCUUGUUGGUGUCCCUAAUGUUGGCAAGUCCGCACUCAUAAAUUCCAUUCAUAGAAUUGCUACUUCUCGUUUUCCAGUGAAAGAUAAAAAAAAACGGGCUACAGUGGGGCCACUGCCAGGUGUUACACAAGAUAUUGCGGGGUAUAAGAUUGCAACUCAGCCCAGUAUUUAUGUGCUUGAUACACCUGGUGUUCUUGUGCCAAGCAUACCAGAUAUGGAGACAGGUUUAAAGCUUGCUUUAACAGGAGCUGUUAAAGACUCGGUAGUCGGGGAAGAACGUAUAGCAAAAUAUUUAUUAUCUCUUCUUAACAUUAGAAAGACGCCUCUACACUGGGAGCGGUUGUUGCACAGAGAAGAAGAGUUAUGUGAAGAGAUAUGCAGCAGUGAUAAAAAAGACAAUUCGUUACGAAGGAAACGGUUGAAUAACUCUGAUGCCGUAUAUGUUCAGGAUUUAGUGUCGGAGGUGCAGAGGACACUAUGUCGUACAUUCCUGAACUUCACCGGCAACACCGUGGAAGAAAGUGAGCUGGAAACCCUCAUAGACAUGCAGCUUGUGGCGCUCCGCAAGGUGUUCAGGAUACCUCAUAAGCCGUUCGAUGAAACACAGGGCCCUACCUCUAAGAAGCUGCUGACUCUCUUCAGAUCAGGGAAGCUUGGGCCGUUCAUCCUUGACGACCUUCCUGAUGCAUCUGAGAAUUAACCUGCUCACAUGCAGUGAGUCUUUUUAUUUUGCUCUGGGCAGCUGAUGUUCUGCGAAGGAAGGCAUUGGUACGAGCUGUUACUGUAAAUGGCAUCUUGCAGGGACCAUCUGUGUAGCAAAACUACGAGAUGCCAAGAGAUUCGUUCAAUGCUGCUGUAUGUUAUGCUGGGUUUGCGUGAGGGCAGUAGGCCUUGUUAAUAGCAGGGCAUGUUGUUUAUCUGUCUCCCUCGUUGGCUGUUUGGCUUGGACAGAACGUGGUCUGUUUUGGAAUUGAAGGUUAGUAACAUAGUAUCAAAGGCAUGGAUCGGGGUUACGGUUAGAUUAAUCUAAUCCAUUUUUAUUUUGGGGAUACCUCCUGUGUUUCGACUUUCAACCGGCACGGCCUCUUGCCGUCCCGUCUUAUCUUUGUGACUGCUGUGGCUCA